CAAAUGGGCCGUAACCGAUGUCCUAUCUGCUACAGGCUUCAACCGCAUCAUGGUGUCGACAAUCAUGGCGCCCGCCCUCACGACUAUCGCUAAGGAGCUGAACAUGACCUCGGCCGAGUCUGCAAUGGCCUUGUCUAUUUACCUUCUCGCUACGGCUUUUGGUCCGCUCUUCAUUGGCCCACUUUCCGAGAUCUAUGGCCGACAGGUCAUUCUGCACGCCUCUAGCGUCUGGUUUCUCAUCUGGAACAUUGUCUGUGGUUUUGCAAAGACCAAGGAGGUCCUCAUUGCGUCUCGUUUUCUGGCCGGUUUUGGUGCUAGCUCCAUAUAUGCACUCGCUGGUGGAGUCCUUGGUGAUGUAUGGCGGCCGGAGCAGAGAGGACGCUCGCUGGGUAUCUACUUGCUUAUCCCGUUGCUUGGUGCAGCCGUUGGACCCAUAAUCGGCGGUUUCAUGGCGGCACGCACGACAUGGCGUUGGAUGUUUUGGUCUACGUCCAUAUUCCAGGUCGUAAUGAUCUUCGUAUCGCUUCUUACCUUCCGCGAGACGUUUGGCCCACUAAUUCUCCGGCGCCGAGCUGCGCGCCUUCGUCAUGAGACCGGCAAUCAGCGAUACUACACAGCCAGCGAGUGGCUAGAUAGCGGCAGGUCAACAUUCAAGAAACUCGGGCGAGCCCUCAGCCGUCCACUGCGCCUGCUGGUCUUCCACCCGAUCAUCCAAGUCGCGGCCAUUAUCUCUGCCUUCAAUUAUGGUCUCUUGUAUAUCGUGCUAUCCACCUUCUCUGACCUCUGGACGCAAUACUACCACCAGUCUGUAGAGAUCAGCGGCCUCCACUACCUCGUCAUUGCUGGGGGCGAGAUUGCCGGCUCGCAGCUCGGUGGACCUUUGAUGGACUUUCUCUACCGCCGGCGACAGGCUAAAAAUACCGCCACGGUACCAACACCAGAAUUCCGCAUCCCACUCAUGUUCCCGUGCGUCGUUUUCGCGCCCCUGUCGAUGCUCUGGUACGGAUGGAUGGCGCAGUAUCGGCUACACUGGGCAGCCGUCGAUGUAGGCAUGUUCGUCUUCAUGUUCGUGUCCCAGAUGGGAGGCAUGCCCUUGACCGCGUACAUUAUCGACUCCUAUCCAGACCAUACGAGCAGUGCUAUGGCGGCGACGCAGUUUGCUAAGAGCUUGACUGCGUUCCUCUUCCCGCUAUUUGCACCGCGGAUGUAUUCGGUGCUUGGAUACGGGUGGGCUAACAGCACUCUUGCAUUUGCGGGCUUGUUGCUGGGCAUCCCUGCGCCAGUGUUGAUGUGGAAGUAUGGCGCAAGGUUGAGGGCGAAAGCAGCCUCGAGUUAUUGAACGAACUUAUCAUUAUAAAGAAGAAGAGAGCAUCGGAAGAAUACCGACACUACACAGGGACGAAGACAUGAUGUUGGGCGGGCACGUGUGAGAGGCCCGAGCGCGUUUGGUAUGAUGCCAUUUUCAGGGUCCAACCUUAAAUGAGUCUAUAUAUUUCUGUUACUUUUAAACUCCUCCCAUACUAACGAAACAGCAUACAGAUGUAGGCCAUUCAGUCAUCCCGUAAAAAAUUGCGACCUUAUAGUAUAAGGCGCAGGGGUGGCUGAGCGGCCGAACUGUUUUGCCAUUUGAGAGUCAUGAGUUCAAGUGCUGCCGUAUGCGAUUCUUUUUUGAUCUCAUUUCGGUUCAGUAGAUACUGAAUACCUCUUCUCCGUUUUCGCGGUCUAUCCUUUCGACAGCUUCCCCUUUCAUCAACCCGUGUACAUAACACUCGCCCAGGAAUCGAUAUCCAGCUCCAGCAGGGCGAAGAAUAUAUGGCACUUUCCCGCCGA